UGUGCAACAAUGGGCGAGAUCAACAGUCCCAGUUUCAAGAACGCGUUGAGUUUCUUCAGCACGUUGGAACGGAAAAAGGACGAGCCGCCCAAAGUGAGCAAGCGGAUCAAGAACAGCUUCGAGCUGAGUCUGAAGGUUUGCGUGGACGAUCCGCCGAACGAGACGGCGGGCAUCUUGCCGCGAGUUAAGCUGGCGUACAAGAAGGACGACAACUUUAAUACGGUCUAUUCGAAACCGUUGGACUCGGUGCCGAACAAGCUGGUGCUCAGCCCCAAAUACAAUGAACCCUUCAACCUGCCGGCUGAGGAGCAGCCAAAACAAACUUCGAACAUCAUCGAGGAGGUGAUAACGUCUCUGGAGGCGAGGAAGUCGAAAAUCUACUCGGAUCCUAUUAACACGGUACCACUAACACCUGAUGUGGAGGCGAAGCUGAUCAUCAAACAGUUCAAGAAGGAGAUUUCACCCUACGAAACCUUUAACAUACCUUUCGAUGCGUUGGACAGUGACUUUUUUAAGCAAACUUUGGAGUUAUUGCCAGAGGCUAAAUGUCUGAACAAGAAGAAGAGGUCGAAUAACUUUUACGGAAAACCAACCACCAUUAAACGUGGACCUACGAAAAGAAGCGAUGCAUUUUUGGAGCCCUAUCUCCACGGCCUGGGCGACCGUCAAAGUCCAGGGGUCGGUGCACCGUCCCCAUCGCCACCUCCAACGCACCUACCACCUCCAGCGUCCCGCUCUUUGUCCCGAGAAUCGCUUGUAUCAUCCGGGAACGGAGGCGGUUCCGACGCCAGCAGCGAGGACAGCGAAGAAGGAUAUGGAGCCACCUGUGAUAUAGGCCUAAUGGAACGUUUGGUGUUGUGCCACCCGAUCUGGUUCUUACCCGGAAUUCAACGCGCGGGAGCCUUCCAUUUACUUCAGGGCAAAGAGGAAGGUUGCUUUGUCGUUCGUAAGUCAUCGCAAUCGGACACGAUGGCUCUUUCUGUACGUUUACCCCCCGACAAAGGGCCUUAUAUCGAACACUAUUUAAUCCACUCAUCGGAAGGGAGGCUGGGCUUAGAAACGAGCGAGAAUCGUUUCGUCGACAUGGCCGCACUCAUCGCACAUUAUUCCAGUUGUUGUGAUGAGCUUCCGGUGCAGCUGACAUUGCCCAAAAAUAUUCGAGAGUGCAAGAGCAGACAACAGCUAUCAUCUUUCGCACUGUUGGGCCAGGAGUUUUGGAGUUACAGUCCUCCACCUUCGAACGCCUCGAGUCCGGACGCAGAUCUCGUCUUGAACAUGAACCCCUUGAUGAGCACGUUCAAAACGGCCGAACCCUCAACUCCAGUAACGACUAAAGAGAAACCGACAAGACCUAGUACUUUAAAUCUGACCAACAAAAUCGAUCCGAACACGGAAAUAAAACAAAUUAAAAGUAUGCCGUCGUUUAAAAACGCUCCGCCGCCUCCUCCACCGAGGUGGUCCAAACCUUCAACUCCCCAGAACAAUUUCACGGUAACAACAACAGUGACAUUCAGUAUGGGCUCGCAGAGUCCCAGGAGUGAUGCGCCACCUUCUCAGAUGGAAAUACAAUGCGAUCCCAAGAGGAUGAGUCCCGAGGGUCAGUGCACUACUUCCACCAUGUCUUCUAAAGGUAGCAGAGACAAUUCUUCGGUGAACAACAGUCAGAUUUUGUCGCCGAAUUCGUCGAUUCUCUCCCCGAAUUCUGAUCCGACCAGCUUGAUAUCGCCCGAUACUUUGUCACCAUUGAGUAUUACCAAAACUGCCAGACACAGUAAACGCAAACAUAAAAUUUCCAAGCACUAUCAGGAAAGUGACAUUGUGGACUCGCCCACCAUGUUGUACUACAAAAGUGGACUUGGUGACAAGAUCAGUGAUUACGAGGACGUUUGGACCAACGAACAAACAAUCCCCAAACCGAAAAUCACCAAUUUGGCUUCUCCAGACAUUUUACAGCACACUGGUAACGAAAUUUCUUUGAACAAUAACAUUCUAAGUCCCACCGAGUCCAACAAUGGCUCCUCCAUUAGAAGUCAUUGCAGCACACCAAGCCAGAAUUCAAAUUCAAACAAAGGAAAUUCAGUUUUGUCCCCGACCAAUGAACACCUGGCGAAUACGCCAGGCCCUCCCGACGCACCCAGCCCGCAACCCAAGCAAGGAAGCCCCUUCUAUGCCGAACCUGCCGACUCUAUAGCCCAAUUCCAAGUACCCAAAAGGCUCUUCAACCGACCCGCUCCCGGAGUUCCAAUGCACCAUCGGCACUCCAAUCCUCCAAAUCUGCACGCUCUCAAAACCAUUAAUUCUCCUCUCGAGAAAGCCGAAGAUGAGUUUACCGGAGGUAUGAUGUCGUCUUCCGUAGAUAACCUCAGUCCAAAACAAAAGCUAUUGCUGGCAAAGAAAAACGACAUAAAACCCGUAUUGCCACCGGUGGUGAAACCUAGAAACAACGAUAGUUGGCAAGUCGACAACGGCUGGAAAUUUAUGAUGACUGAAUGUGAUGGUAGUUUAGACAAUAUGGAGUCCAGCGAGGACUACGAUUCGGAUUGGCCGCCACUCCCUAAAUUGAUAUCAUCCCUUCAGCCUUAUGACGGUGAUGAAAGACGAACUACUUUCCAGGAACUCACUUCAAACCGAUUUCCAGAUAUGCCUUCAAACGAAGACAGAUGCCGGAUGUCAGCUUAUGACAAUGUAGAAGACAGAAGACUUCCAAAAGCUCCCCCUUCGGAAAUUAGCGAGGUGACAGAAUUCUCCGACCCUUGGGCUGAAGUCGGACAAGAUAUUGGACAAACUGAGACUGAUGAAUCUAUUUCUGAGCUGCCUUGCAGUCCUACCAAGGUGGCAUCAAUAAAUAGAUCGAAGAGCUUCAAGGAACGAUUGGAUCCCCUUCUCUCUGCCCCGCGUUUGCAAGCGCUUCGCAGUAGAGAUCAAAACGGACCUAAGACUGUUGGUGUUGCGAUUCGAUCGUAUGCACUCGAACUUGCUCAAGAUAAAAGUACAACGUUUGCUCAAAACAUUGAUAAUUUCAUUGCUUGCACAUGCGAUUCGAAGGAAACAAAUCCCCAGGUUGUCAUGAGAAAUAUGCGUCAGUUUAUGUCGGGAAUGAAGAACUAUCUGGUGAAACACGGCGAAAAAGGUUUUUACAAAGAAAUCGAACGAGAGAGAAAUAAACUUAAAUCGACUGAGUUUUUAAACCUAGACGCCAUACUAGAAGGUGUGAUGCACAAACUAGUCGUCAGACCUCUAAAAGACCAUCUACAGAAACUGUUCUUAAACCAUUACACCAAAACCGGAGCGAUUCGACUUUUGGCCGACAACAUACAAUACGCAUCAACGAGACCAAUAGCCGAACUGGCAAUCAAACCGAAGAUAAAUCUGCCAUCGGAAUCAGCUCUCAGCACGAUUUCUCAAUAUUUGAAAAGACUGCAAACUGCCGACUCACCGUUGGAAAAGCUAGAAUAUCUUUUGGCUGCGAUUGCUUGUAUUUUCAACUCUGUAAAAAUAGGACAAUUAACAGGAAGUGGCAAAAACACUCAAUUGGGGGCUGAUGAUUUCUUGCCGCUGUUUGUGUGGGUUUUGAUCAAAACAAAUUUUGUGACGGCCGAAAUUGAGGCUGAAUAUAUGUGGGGAUUGCUACAUCCUUCAUUAUUAUCUGGAGAAGGCGGAUAUUAUCUUACUACAUUAUCUUCCGCCAUUCAUGUACUUAAGAAUUUCAAGGAAAGUUUUGAAGAAAAUGUAAAAAAUAAUGUUAAAAAUGAGUCUGUGUUGAAAGUGGUGGUACCUGAUGAGUUACACGGCUCAAUAUUGACAAAAACAUUGCCGGCACGGCCACACAUGACAACAAAAGAGGUCUGCAAAAUAAUCGCUCACAAAGCCAGAAUCACCAAUCCACAAGACUAUGCUCUCUACCGGUUAACCGACGGUGAAGAAACAAUGUUGUUGGAUAACGAGUGUCCUCAGGACUUCGUGAACGAAACUGGAAAACACACGAUGCUUGCCUACAAAAGGAUAGACGCGAAAAUCGCCUGGCCCAAACAGGACAAACUGAACAUCUAGUCAUUAAUAAAAUUCAGUUUUGUCCGUUAAUUUUACAAUCUGUAAACUUAGUUUUUGUAUUUAAUGAAUAUGACUUCGAAGCAGUUGGAUUUGUUUUCGGUUCUACUUGUAAUCCAAAACUAUUUUUGAUAUUUUUGUCGUUGUAUUUGUUAAGGUACUCUGUGUAUAUAAAUAACGUUUGUUUUGUGUUGAAACAACAAGUAACGUCUUUUCAUAAUUUUUUAAUACAUGUUAAUGAAAAAUAAAUUUUAUAUAUUGUUCUUGUAAACAAAAUUUACCAAUCGCAUUUUUACGUUGUUAACCACUUUACGUAACUUUUUUAAAAAGUAUUAGCAGACUAUUUUUCAUUAAAGAACUGUGACUUGAAAUUAACUAAUGUUUGUAUUUAUUUGAUCUGUACUAAGUAUUACAAUAAAAUAAUAAUAUAUUCU